CGCGCAAAAGCCGGCUUGCUGUGUCGAAAAUCGAAGCAUGCACGCUGACCAGCCACGGGAGAACACUGUGCGUGUCACGCUCACGCUGAGGAUCGUAGAAGGACCGUGUACGAGGCUUAGUUAGUAGGAAGGUGGGAGACCAUCCGAACAAAACAAAAAACCUCCGAAGAACUUGAUGGGAAGGGAUUCGUUUUGGUUGCAUUAACGGUAAGCCGGUCAGGUCAGGUUUUCUGGCGCCGUUUUCUAGAUGGUUUUUGGGCGUGCGAGAAAGAGUGAAAGAUGGUGUUGGUGACGCGACUUUGGUGCCGGUGAGCUCUAGAGCUCUUGGUGCGUUCUGUUCACUUUCAGUUUCAACCGUGCAGUCAGCCAGCUCGAAGCGUACGAGGCCCUUGGUUAAUCGAACUCCUAGCGAUCUACGAAAAACAAGAAAAAUGAUUGUACGAUCAAGUGUUGUGCUAUCGAUCGUUGGUGCAUUCCUGGUGGCAAAUGGUGCACCCUUCGGCGGUGGUGGUGGACACGAUGAGAGCGAAUUCCACGACAAAAAGUACGACGAGGAGCUGAAGCAUGUGUCCAAAGUGGGCAAUACUUAUGUGGCUGCACUUGAGAUCUACGACAAUCCACCAGAUCAGGACAAUGCUCACAAGGAGGUGGACAACUUCCCGUCCAACAUCUACAGCAAGUACGACGAGCUGCAGCACAAAGUGAAACACUUUUUCGAUGCUGAACCCAUUAUCGACCACAUCAAAGAAUCGGACAAGUACGGCAAUACGGGCGAUCAGUUCUACUUCAUCACGAAACCGCUGGUCGAAACAACUGCCAAGGUGAACAUGUUCAUCAACUCGGUGAUAGCGGCCCCCAAGAAGCUGCUCGGCGGAUUGAAGAAGCAGGCCAACGAUAAGCUGAACGAUGUUGGCGCCGGGUUGGUUGGAUUGAGACGAUAAGAGAAGAUAAGUUGAUCCGCAAGUAGGAGAGUUAGCAAGAGGGAAAGUUUAUGUAAAUAUACAGCUAAGUCAUAAGGUGCUAAGUUAUAGGGAAUUAGGGAAACUUUAACGGUCGUGAUAUGCAGAACGCCAUCUUUCUGGAAUGAGUCACUUUCAUCAGCUAGAAUUACAAACUCCAAAAAAUCAUUGAAUAAAUUGUGCCUACACCAUGA